CGAUUCUGUCCCGUAUCCUGUUUCUUGUAGAAUUGUGAUAUGUUGCACAAGGGAUUUUUGUAUAAUAUUACUUUAAGUGCACAUCUGGCUAUGCUCUGAUGAAGGGUGGCAUAUUCCUUUAAGUGGAUGUCUUUACAGUCAAUUAAUUUCAGCUGGGUCCACCGGCAAGAGUAUAAAUUUGCUUCUUGGUUGGUAAUGGUGUCAGUUUGUAAGAAGGCAAAGGUCUACUUACUUGUUCAAGUGCUCUUUGAACAUUUACAAAGCAGCCCAGACAAGCCUCCUCGUAACCCUCUGCUGAAUUCUGUCAAUCAAAGACUUGGCUUCUGAAAGGAGUGCUGCUGCCAGAAAUGGGACGGAUCCUGGAUUUCUGCCUUCACCACUGCUUGGUCUCCUCCUUCCUCUCUGUCUCCCUGAGCCCUCUGACCCUCGCUCAGUAUGGGCACUGGCAGCACUAUUCUGGCGAUCCAGGACAGCCGCAGAGCCCCCCGGAGGAGUACCCCCAAAUCAAGCUGCGGUUGGCGGGGCUGCAGAGGAAGCCGAACGAAGGGAGGGUGGAGGUGUACCACAGCUCAGAGUGGGGCACAGUCUGUGACGACAAUUUCUCCAUCCACAACGCCCACGUGAUCUGUCGGCAGCUAGGCUACGUGGAGGCUGUUUCCUGGAUCCCGGGUUCUAAGUUUGGCAAGGGGGAAGGCAGAAUCUGGCUGGACAACGUCUACUGUUCGGGCAGGGAGAAGACACUAGCCGCGUGCAACUCGAACGGCUGGGGCAUCAACGACUGCAAGCACACGGAGGACGUCGGCGUGAUCUGCAGCGACACACGGAUCCCCGGCUUCCGCUUUGAUGACUCCGAGCUCAACCAAGUCGAGGAUAUGCACAUCCAAGUGGAAGACAUCCGGAUACAGGCCGUCCUCGCUGCCUAUCGUAGGAGUUUGCCAGUCAUAGAGGGCUAUGUGGAGGUAAAAGAAGGUGGUGUCUGGAAACAGAUCUGUGACAGACAGUGGACCAUGAAAAAUUCCCGAGUCAUCUGUGGCAUGUUUGGGUUUCCAAGCGAAAAGAAAUACAACAUCCGGGUCUACAGAUUGGCAGCGAGCAGAAGGCGGCACACGUACUGGCCUUAUUCCAUGGAGUGCACUGGCAAUGAAGCUCACGUCUCUGGCUGCAAACUGGGCCACCGCAUCAGCACAGCUGUUGGGAAUAACGUUACGUGUGAGCGCGGGAUGCCUGCUGUGGUGAGCUGCAUCCCUAGCCGUGCCUUUGCCCCUCCCACCCACAGUGGCUACCGCAGAGCUUAUCGUCAGGAGCAAUCCAUGGUGAGGCUAAAGGGUGGAGCCAAGCCAGGAGAAGGCCGCAUCGAAGUGCUGAAGAAUGGGGAAUGGGGAACUGUUUGCGACAGCGGGUGGAACCUGAUUGCAGCCAGUGUGGCCUGCCGAGAGAUGGGCUUUGGGACUGCUAAGGAGGCUAUUCCAGGAGCUAGACUUGGGAAAGGGAUAGGCCCCAUUCAUCUCAAUGAAGUCGAAUGCUUAGGUUCUGAAAAGUCCCUCACAGACUGCAAAUUCAGCACACAAUCAAGGAACUGCAACCAUGAAGCAGAUGCUUGUGUAAAGUGCAACAUACCAGCUAUGGGUUUCCAGAAUCAGAUACGUUUGAGUGGCGGCCGCACACCCUACGAAGGCCGGGUGGAAAUCCUCCGGGAGUACAAUGGCACCCUCAAGUGGGGGACAGUCUGUAGCGAGAAGUGGACCCUAAUAGAAGCCAUGGUGGCUUGCCGCCAUCUGGGUCUUGGCUAUGCUGAAAAUGCGUUCCAGGAAUCCUGGUAUUGGCAUGGAGACGUCAAUGCCGACAGCGUUGUCAUGAGCGGGAUUAAAUGUUCCGGGACAGAGAUGACCCUGACACACUGCAAGCAUGAUGCAGCUGUAUCCUGCCCCAGAGGAGGCGGGCGCUAUGCUGCUGGUGCUUCCUGCACAGAGACUGCUGCAGACCUUGUCCUAAAUGCCCAGGAAGUGGAGCACACCUCCUAUCUCGAAGACCGCCCAAUGUACAUGCUGCAGUGCGCACUUGAGGAGAACUGUCUGGCUUCCUCAGCUGCCAACACAUCUGUUUCCACCGGCACCAGGAGGCUCAUGCGUUUCUCCACCCAGGUCGAAAACAACGGGCCGAUUGAUUUCCGCCCCAGAAGUGGGCGCCACACUUGGAUUUGGCACGAAUGUCACAGGCAUUACCACAGCAUGGAGGUGUUCACACAUUACGACCUGCUGGACCUCAAUGGAACCAAAGUGGCGGAGGGACACAAGGCCAGCUUUUGCCUGGAGGACACUGAAUGCGCAGAAGGCAUCGAGAAGCAGUAUGAAUGUGCCAAUUUUGGAGAGCAAGGAAUCACCGCUGGAUGCUCUGAUGUGUACAGGCAUGAUAUUGAUUGCCAGUGGGUUGAUAUUACCGAUGUCAAACCAGGAAUAUACCUCUUCCGGGUCCAAGUCAACCCAACCCAGGAAGUUGCAGAGACCGAUUAUUCCAACAAUGUUGUGAAAUGCAUGUGCAAGUACGAACCUCAUCGGAUCUGGAUGUACAGCUGCCAUGUAGCUGACUCCCACAGCGAAGCAGAAGAAGAGAGUUUUGAUCACUUCAGAGGACUUACGAACAACCAGGUGCCCACUCGAUAGAGACGCCUUCCUAUCAGCCCCACUAUUUGAGGAAGAAGGAAAUGCCUUUUCCUGUGAUCUUCCUAACCACUGCAGAGAACAACUAAUCAACCAACCAGCCAUGAACUUUAAUACUAGCUGUAGUAAGUUAUUUUCAAGGGUGUGCUCCAUACCAGCUUUUGCGGUGCUCAGCACAGAGGCAAUAGCCUUUACUCUCCUUUUGCAUCCAUUCCAGCAGAACGAAGGUUUUGCAGCGGCCAUUAAGUUCCAUCAGAGCUUUUUUGUCCAUAACUUAUUCGCAAGGAAUCCUUGGCGAGCGGUCGUGCCAUUUUUGUCCACUGCAACUUAGAGGCACCAGUGCCAGAACCACCCCGGUAAGGCUCUCAGCUGCUGGCGAUUUUUUGCUGAAGCCAACGCCUUUCUCAGCAGCUGCUUUCAUCUGCUGUCUCAAUCAUAUCUGAAAAUGUGACUCGACGCCACCGAUGCAGAACAGACAUUUCUACCGGUUUCUCUGGACACAAAGGGGUCUUGAGAAGAGCUCCAUCUUAGAUCAGGUAGUGCCGCACUCCUCUCUCUUCUCCAGGAGCACUUCUGACAGUUGGUUUUAAUGUAAGGUUUGAUCUACCACAAUGGGGAAAACAUGUCAACUCAUCCCCUGCAUCUUGGCUUUUGGAGCCACUAGACUGUGAAUUGUUCUUCCCACAGUAAGCUGUCCACCUACUUGCCUUCCACGUGUAUUUCCUAACACUCUGAUCCAUGCUUUUUCCCCCCUCUCUCACCCCCACCGCUUCCUCCAUAAUGGAUAUUCCACAUACGCAUUGCAUCAUCAAAUGUAUUUUGCAAAGAUAACUAAUUGGCCUUAUGCCAUCAGGCCUUCCCCAGCCCAGCCCUUUUAAUUUUGUCACAAUUAUGCUGGGUUGUCUUUUUUAAAAGGGUUUUUUUUUGAAAAAUAGCGAUGCCUCUGUUUGUUUGAGGCCAUGCA